AGGCAGUGUGAGCCCGUGGCAGCAAAGCACUGUUCCUCACCCUCGUUGUCUCUUUUACAGAUAACUGACUCAGCUGGGCACAUCCUGUAUGCCAAGGAAGAUGCCACUAAGGGCAAGUUUGCCUUCACCACUGAAGACUAUGAUAUGUUUGAGGCCUGCUUUGAGAGCAAGCUUCCUGUGGGAACAGGGAGGAUGCCGGACCAGCUUGUGAUUCUGGAUAUGAAGCAUGGAGUUGAAGCAAAGAACUACGAGGAGAUUGCGAAAGUGGAAAAGUUGAAGCCUCUGGAAGUAGAAUUGAGGCGCCUGGAAGAUCUUUCAGAGUCCAUUGUUAAUGACUUUGCCUAUAUGAAGAAACGAGAAGAGGAGAUGAGGGACACGAAUGAGUCGACAAACACCCGGGUUCUGUACUUCAGCAUUUUCUCCAUGUGCUGUCUCAUCGGACUGGCCACCUGGCAGGUUUUCUACCUGCGUCGCUUCUUCAAGGCCAAGAAACUGAUUGAGUAAAGGAGCAAGUCCUCCUCUUUCCCCCCCCCCACCUCUCAGACCCAGCUGGACACCGCUGGGACCCAGCCAUGGCCCCCUGGAGCCAUCUCACAGAUGAUACCCACUGACUGGAGCUUUUCUGCAGAUACUUGGACCCUAAAGGGGGAGGGGAGCCUAAACAUCAGAGGCAAUGGGGGACUUGUGAAAUCCUGUUGGAUGUUGAGGGUGGGAGAGGUUGUGAUGGGUUUGGGGAUCCUGGGGCAGUGAUUAAAUAAUGUAAAAAUAGAUGUUCCCAUGACAGCUGCAGCAAGUUUUUGCGCUGUCUGUUCUCUUUUAUAAACUUGGCUUGAUGAUGUCUCCCAUCUGUCUGUGACUGUAGUGUUACUCUGAGCCACUUGACCCUGCUGAGCUCUUUAGGUGCUGUGCAGGUAGCACCAGGGCAGAGCGGGGGAUUCCCUGUUCUGACCAGCUGGGAUCUAAGCCUCCUGGAAAUGGAGGCCAGUGCAAAGCAAUAGGAUUCAUCAUUCCAGCAGGGCCUGAGGAUAGAGGGAGGUCCAAGGUUUGGUCCCUGUCGUGGACCUCUGUGUUUCUCCCUGUGGGAGCUGGUGUCUUUGUGCUGACAGGUCAGGGCACUUGAGCAUGGGUUGGUUCAGCCUGGAGGAAGGGGAGCCUUUGAAGGAGGGCUUGGGAAUGUGUUUGAGCUUGGAAAGGGGAAGCCUGCUUUGCUCACCUAAGCUGUCUGGCCUUGGUCCCGCCCUUGCUCCAUGUGUUUGUCUUGGAUUUGCCCCUCCUGUUCUGAAAUGAUGCAGCAGUUUUCCUGAAAGCCUUGGUCAGGGAUGGCCUUUUGUGCAGGCAGGAGGCCUCAGUCAGAUACAGUCACAGAGCAAAUAGGAGCAGGUUAUGCUUGGAAACAUGGUCUUUCAUUGAGCAGGAGACUUUUCUCAUCUAACAGUGUAGCAUUUAUCCAGUAGGCAGCUGGCUGAACCUCUUUUUCUGAGACCUCAAAGCAAGGUGGACUGCUGCUUGUGUGAAGCAUGAGGGUCUGUGCCCUGCUUUGAGGUCUGAGGGCGCAAGGGGUGCUUUGCAGGUUGGCAGAGGAGUUGUAGGAAGAAUGUGGAUGAACUCAAAAAAGCAGUACAGAGUGGGAACAUGGUAAUGCUAUGUCUGGGGGGGGGUCUGGACUGUGGCCUCAACAGAAUUGUUAUUCUGUGUGGUACUACAGAGAGAGCAAGCAGCUUCUCGUUUCUCAGCCAUCCAGAUGGCAUGAUGUUAAAUAAGCCAGGCUGGGAAAAAAAAUGGCAGGUUAACUUCCUGGACUUACCUGCUGCAGUUUUUAGGUAGUGAUUAAAAUGCUUUCACCUUCUCUGCGUUCCUUCAGAGCAAAUGGUUCAGCCGCACAGCAUUCUGGUGUUAUGUGCCUAGACGUUUCUGGCCAGGGAAGGGGUUGUCAUGGCCCUGGGCCCAGCCUACCAUUUUGAAAAA